AUGCUGCCGGCGGUGGCGGUGGCCGCGGUGGCGGUCACGGUCGUUGUCGUGCUCGUGGCCGCCGUCCCCUCGCUGCGGCACCGCUUGUCCCGCUCCGCGCUGCGCAGCGCCGGGGCCCGGUACCGGCGGCGCUUGGAGCUGCUGGGCACCGACGUGCGGCUCAGCCAGGAGCGGCGGCUGCGGCGGCUGCUGCCCCCCGGCGCGGUCCGCGGGUCGGAGGAUUUCCGGGAGCGUCACCCCGUGGGGCAGCGCUGCGCUGACGGGGCACCGGGGGGGCAGGUCCCGCCGCUGCACCCCUGGGCGCUGCUGCGCUGCUGCUGGGGCACCGACCCCCUGCUGCAGGGGUCCCUGCUCUUCCUGGACACCCUCCAUGCCGCCUUCCCGCGGGCGCUGGUCCCCCGGGGCACGGCGCUGCUCUCCUGGGCCCCCCAUCACCGCUGUGCUCCCGCUGGCUGGUCCCUGCCCUCGCUGUACUGCACCCCGGCCGAGGCCGGCUCCGUGCCCUCGCGGGCUGCAGCGCUGCGGGUGCAGCUGCUGUUCGCGCUGCAGCAGCGAGCGCUGCGGGUGCUGGAGGCCGCGCUGCCCGCGGAGCUGCUGGACGCGCUGGAGGCUCUGCGCUCCGCCUGGCCCGAGCUGGCGCAGGACCUGGCGCUGGGCACCCUGCGGCCACAGCCCGGGCUGCCCGAGGGGCUGCGGGUGCAGCUGCAGGCGCUGCUGACCCCCAACGCUGCCCGGGCGGCCGAGCUGCGCUCUGAGUGCGCCCGCGGCUUUGAGGGCAUCGUGCGGCGCCUGUGGCCGCAGCUGGAGGUGGUGGUGGUGGGGACGGCGCAAGGCACGGAGCAGCUCUACUGCGAUGCCCUCCGGCAGGCCGAGUGCAAGGGGCUGCCCUUCUACUGCCCCUUCUACCGCGCAGCGGGAGCGCUGCUGGGUGUGAACCUGUGGCCGGAGGAGCCAGCGCCACGGUUCCUGCUGUGCCCUGAGUGGGCUUUCUGCGAGUUCCUGCCCUGCCAGGCCGAGGAGGAGCCGCAGACGGUGCUGCUGGGCGAGCUCUGGGAGGGACGCGAGUACGGGCUGGUCCUGACAGCCCGGCCUGGAGAGUACAGGUGCCGUGCUGGGGAGGUGCUGAGGGUGACCGGCUUCCACAAGCAGUGUCCCGUGGUGGAGCCCGUGCGCAGGGAGAGCCAGGCACUGAGCGUGCGGGGUGAGAGCAUCCCCGAGGAGCGGUUCUGCCGGAGCCUGUGCCGUGCCGUGGGCAUGUGGCCGGGCGCUCGCCUGGUCGACUACGUCUGCGUGGAGAGCGCUCUGCUGGGUGCCUCUUCAGGGGCCUGUGCCCCCCACUAUGAGGUGUUCGUGGAGCUGCGGGGCCUGCGGGACCUGUCGGAGGCACAGCGCUACAAGCUGGACCAGUGUCUCCAGGAGGAUUUCCCCAUCUAUAAAUCCUUCCGCUUCAAGGGCAGCAUCGGGCCCCUGCGCCUGCACAUGGUGGGCGCCGGUGCCUUUGCCCGGCUGCGGGAGGCACUGGGCAAGCCCGUCCCCAUGCCCAGGGUCCUGCGGGAGGAGCGGCUGCUGCAGCACAUCCAGAGCUCCAUCAUCUCCUAGGGCAGCCCGGGGGUCCCGCAGCCCUCCCGCACCUGGGGUUCACCGUGCGUGCACCCUGCAGGGAGGAGCGGUGCUGAGGGUGCCCAGCCCCAGGGGGUUUGGUUGAGCAGAGCAGAUGGAGCCAACGAAUGUGACCGUGCCCCUGCUCUGCGCUGGCGGGCACCCAGGUCAGUGCUGCCCGCAGGGAUGGAGCAGGAUGUGCAGCACGGCUCAGCCCAGCCCCAGGCACUCACCAGCAGAGCUGACCCUUCGCUGGGCUGCGUUGAGCACAGGCUGGGGCCGCGGGUGCUUGUGAGCAUCACAGGGCACUUGGGUCCUGCUGCCAGCGGCCACUGCUUACCCUGCUCUGCUCAGUGCCUUGGCAGCACCCGCACUUGCCUGUGCCUUUCC